AACUUCAUUAUGAGUGAUAAGGACCUGCUCACUUUUCUGGACUUCAGCUCGAGCGACUCUCCGGUGCCGAAGCUCUCCCCCGCGGGAUUCAUUGCGCUCUCCGUUAUCUUGGGUUUUAUAAUGACUUUAGGCUUUUUGAACAACUUCAUCGUCCUGGUGCUUUUCUGUAAAUUUAAGAAGCUCAGGACGCCGGUGAACAUGCUCCUGCUGAACAUCAGUGUGAGUGACAUGCUGGUGUGUGUAUGCGGCACGAGCCUGAGCUUCGCGUCCAGUGUGCGCGGCCGCUGGCUGCUGGGGAGGACAGGAUGCAUGUGGUACGGCUUCAUCAACUCCUGCUUCGGUAUUGUGUCUCUAAUAUCCUUGAUGAUUUUGUCUUAUGAGCGCUACAGCACAAUGACAGUGUAUAACAACCAGGGACCAAACUACCGUAAACACCUGCUGGCAGUUGGGGGGUCAUGGCUGUACUCUUUGAUUUGGACAGUGCCACCCCUGCUGGGCUGGAGUAGUUACGGGUUAGAGGGAGCCGGCACCAGCUGUUCAGUGUCAUGGACCGAUCACUCCCCCAAAUCCCAUGCCUACAUUAUCUGCCUGUUCAUCUUCUGUCUGGGUCUGCCAGUGCUGCUGAUGGUGUACAGCUAUGGCAGGCUGCUAUAUGCUGUCAAACAGUUAGGGAAGAUUCAUAAGACAGCUCGAAGGAGAGAUUACCACCUGUUGUUUAUGAUCACCACCACAGUGGUGUGUUAUCUGCUGUGCUGGACACCAUACAGUGUGGUCGCCUUAAUGGCCUCGUUUGGCCGACCGGGAAUCAUUACACCUGUUGCAAGCAUAAUUCCCUCUCUACUUGCCAAGAGCAGCACCGUCAUCAACCCAGUUAUAUACAUCUUCAUGAACAAACAGUUCUACAGAUGUUUCCGGACACUGUUAGGUUAUAAGGAAAGGUCAGCAGUGCCUGACGACCACUCUUUAAUGGCCACCAAGAACACUGCGAUCCAGCUCAAAUGCAUCAUGCACAACAACCCUGUGCCCUCUCCAGCACAUACACCCCCCCUUCUGCAGGAACACAGGUGUAGCACGGUCACUAUGGAGCAAAGCAGCACAGCCUAACUCGGCAUUGAUGUUCCAUACCACAGUCUCUGUGCCCGGUCUCUGUGUCUGUAAUUUGGUCAAAGACUAGUUUCCAAAUUUGCUGGUGUCUUUUUUUUUUUUUGGUCAUAGUCUUUGUUUGUGUGUUGACAAUAGUGUUCCAGACACUACUUUCCCACUUUACAAGACAUGCUCUUGUUUGUCUUUUGAGAGUAACUUCUUUUGCCAGGAGACUUUUUAAACACUAUGGCUAAUUAAGUACCAUUCCCUUGAUAACAGACAGAAGCAUUUGUGGGUGGCACAGUAGCAUCUCCACCUAACAACUUCAGGGUUCGAUCCAGAGUUCGGCUUACUUCAGGUUUCCUCCCACUUCCCAAAAACAUGCCAGCAGAGGACAGAGUGUAUUCACCUCACACCCAGUGUUCCCAGUAUAGGCUGUGGAUCUAGACGAACAUCAGGAUGAAGUUGCAACUGAAGAAGAAUGAACGAGGGGUGCAUUUAUCCAGUGUUCCAGUGCUGUUUGGAUGGGUCUAGCUUUAACUGUAAUUAUUGAAAAUUAUAGUAUUCGGUAACAUUCUCUGAAAAUAAAAUUGCCUUUAAACUGCUUAUUAUUGUCCUUAUUAAUCUUAUGUUGUGUGAGUGCAAGACUGAUCAGAGUUGUUUCACUUUCCUCAGUAAAAUGAAGGACACUAAACUCAUUGUCAUGUUCAUGAAAGCAGUUUGAGAUGACUUUUGCUUUGUGACAUGGUGCAUUAUCAUGCUGGAAGUAGCCAUUAAAUGGGUAAAUUGUGGCCAUGAAGGGAUGGACGUGGUCAACAACAAUACUCAAAUAGGCUUUGGCAUUCAAGUGAUUGGUAUUAACAGGCCCAUAAUGUGCCAAGAAAACAUUCCUCACACCAUUACACCACCUCCACCAGCCUGGACUGUUUAAACAAGGCAAGUUGGGUCCAUGGAUUUAUGCUGUUGGUGCCAAAUUUUGUAUUCUUCUUCUCUAAGCUGAUUAUUGUCAUGCGUCAGUUUUCCACUUAUUAACCACAGUAUCACAAACGCUUUGCACCACAUUCUGUUCCAUGAUCAAUACUUUAGCACAGGGGUCUUCAGUCUUAUCAGCAAAGGUCUGGUGCGGCUGCAGGCUUUCAUUACUGCCGAAUUGGAAGCACACAUGAUAGUUGAUGGGAGACUAAGUUGAACUGAUUAAACAAGUGAAAAUCAGGUGUGUCUGCUGCCACACCACCCCUGGGAAGACCCCUGCUCUAGCAUAUAUUCAGCUGAAUCACUAUCUGUCUACAAAUGAAGACUAAACACCUACCUCUUCGCCAAGUACUUUUCUCCAACAGAGUUUUAGCCUGAUAAUAUUCUUACACAAAUAUGUAGCACGAAGAAAUGAUCGAGCACUUCUGUAAGUCACCAUGGUUACAGUCAUUUGCUAAAUGCUGUAAAUAU